CGGACUGAACGUCACAUUCCUGCAUUCCCUUUUUUCUCAGUCUGGGACGUCGGAGUUACCCACUAGAUAGCUAAUCCUCUUUACCACUUCUCUUUUUGAGAAACACACCCAUGACACCGCGGAUUUGAUCUCAGGAGGUGAUCCCGGGUCCCCCAAGGAGUCAGAAUCUCAAUUCGGGUCACUUUCCUCCCUCCCUCCCCCUCCUCCCCUUCCACCCAUCACAGUGCUGGUUGCCAUGGAGAACUCUUCUGUGGCGUCUGCAUCGUCUGAGGCUGGGAGCACACGCUCACAGGAGAUAGAGGAGCUGGAGCGCUUCAUCGACAGUUAUGUGUUGGAGUACCAGGUGCAGGGGCUUCUGGGAGAUAAGGCAGAUGGAGACUUGGACUUGGACAACGGUGGCAAGGUGCCAGAGUGGACAGAUGACUGUAACAACAAGAAAGAUGGCAGCUGGACGUCUUCACGGGGGAGAGGCUCAUUCAAGCCAGACGAGUGGGAACACAGCAGUAACGGCAGUACAGGUUCCAGGCCCAGUUCAGGGUCUCGACCGGGAUCUGGCUCACGCUCCGGCAGCAGAGGCAGAAACAACCAGUUCAUGGGCCCUGCCAAGAACGGGAACAGAGACGGCUCCUUUGACAUCCUGGGUACAGACAUAUGGGCUGCCAACACAAUGGACUCACACGGAGGUGCAGGUUGGGACGUGCAGCCAGAAAAGCUGGACUUCAGCCAUUUCCACAGGAAACACUUAAGAGGAACACCAAAGCACCUGCCACAUAUCGACAGAGAGGGGAUGAACAAAAACAAGUUUGAGGAAGAUGACGGCAUAGACAUGAAUGACAUAGAGAGGUUCCUACCCCAUCUGCGCUCUGUCUUCCCACCCCUGCCUAAUGAGGCUGAGAUCGCGCACACCAAAAAGCUCUUUCGACGCAGGAGGAAUGACCGACGAGUGGUUGAUCAGUUCACCCGAGACCAGUUAACCAUACUUCUGCCUACUGGCCCUGGGGGAAAGCGGCAAGUCUCAGCCAGGAGACAGCAGCGGCCUCAGGGAGGAGGAGGAGGAGGAGGAGGAGGAGGAGGUGGUGGAGGAGGAGGGAAGAACCAACCUCAGCUGAUACAACAACAGUCACCACAGCACCAGAGGGAUCAAACCCAACAACAGUCUCCAAACCAACAGCACCAGACUUUAACAGAACUGGGAGAUAACAGAAACAGUAGUGCUGGUCGGCCGCCUCGCCAGUAUCAAGGAGGACAUGGGCAGCGCCAGGGAGGACCCCCGCACCACGGAUACAGCCAGAACCGGCGUUGGCACCACAGCCAGAAAGGUCAGGGACAGGCACAGACAAACGCUACAGGUGACAAAGGACUACCCGCAAGAAUAACCAAAGACAAAGAGACUGAGAAUGUAAAACUGGGUGACGUGCAGAUCAGACCACCUCAGGACUGGAGCAGUAAGAGUCCCAAUGAAUCCCCCCACUAUGAGUCAACACCCAGUAUGGAUGCUUUCCCAGAUCAGAGAGUUAAUAAGGAAUCUCCCAACCAACCAAGAAGUGGAAAGGCAAGCGAGGGCCGGACGGAGCAGCCCAAAAUCAGCUUGCUGCAGUCGUCAAAGGAGAGGCUGCGGAGGAGACUAAAGGACAAGGAAGAGGCGCGUGUAGAGGCGUCGGGCUCCGGAUCGCAGAGCAUGGACCGGCUGGUGGACCUUCUCAACAGCAUGAGGAGCAACAGCAGCGGCGUGGAGCAGCAGCUGGCCUCUUUCAUGGAGGAGGCUCAGUGUUCUGCGCGGUCCGAGGAAACCCUGGCUCAGGUGGUCAGCACAAUCUACUCCAAGGCAGUGUCAGACAGGAGCUUUGCCGCCACCGCUGCCAAGCUCUGCGACAAGAUGGCGCUGUUCAUGGUGGAGGGAACCAAGUUCAGAUCGCUGCUCCUCAACAUGCUGCAGAGGGACUUCUCCCACCGAGAGGAGCUCCAGCAGUCAGAUGUGGAGAGGUGGCUAGGUUUCAUCACCUUCUUGUGCGAGGUGUUUGGUACCAUGAGGAGCAGCUCCGGGGAGCCGUUCAGGGUGCUGGUGUGUCCCAUCUACACCUGCCUACGAGAGCUGUUAGAGUCCACAGAUGUUAAGGAAGAUGCAGUCCUCUGCUGUUCAAUGGAGUUGCAGAGCAUGGGGCGUCUCCUGGAAGACCAGCUCCCAGAGAUGAUGAUAGAGCUUCUAGCAGCCGUCAGGGACAAGAUGCUUUGUCCGGCCGAAUCUCAGCUGACCCGCUCUCUCCUCAUGGAGGUCAUCGAGCUGCAUGCACACCGCUGGAGCCCCCUGGAGGCUCUCACCACCCAAUACUACAACCGUACCAUCCAGAAGCUCACCACCACUGCCUAGGUGCCGGCUCCACCAGGAGGAGAGGAGACAAGCCCCCCCGAGGCCCCGAGUAAACCUUCCUGUUGAGCAUCAGCCUGCUCUUCUAGUUUUACCAAAACACAGGAAUUUAAUAGUAAUGUCAAAUAAAUACAUGCUUUACAUGGGGAUUGAACUUAGUUGUACAAUUGGAUCAUUUCUCCACGAAAGGCAACCACUGCCACAAACAAACCAGACACUAUCUACCAAACAGGUGGCCCUGAGCCAUCAAGGCAACACUACAUGUGGCGUUCAAACACUGUCAAGGCGUACGACACACAUAUAUAUAUGGCCAGUAGGGGCGUGCUUGGCCACACAGGCCGGGAGCUUGCCUGGCUGUGUCUGCUGAGGGAUAAAGGAGGGAACAGACAAGAGAGGGGUCACACAGAGGAGAGGGCAGCAGCCUGCCCCUAGGGAAUAGAGAGAUCUAUACCCAAAGAUGAAUGGAGGAGGGAGGGCGGGAGGGUCAGGCUAGUCCGUGUCAGUCUCGUCAUUGUGUUCAUUUGCCCACCACCCUCUGCUUCUCUCUGUCUCGUCCCCCCCCCCUCCCCCCUCCUCUGUCUCUCAGUCAGCCCCUGGGGUCUGUGUGGCUGAUAAAAGAGAGAGGAGGAGGAGGCAGGGAGUAGACACGGUGCUGUCUGUCUGGGCCGUCUGCCCCGCCGGGCCAGGGACCAGGUCAAAGGGCCUGGCUGUGGAGCUCCCCAGCUCCCCACUGCCUUUGUCUCCCUAACUCCCCCCCCCCCCCCGCAGGAAGCCUUUUUGUGGGGAUGAGACAGCGGGCCUGCUGGGCUGAGGAUAAGGAUCAGGCUGGCUAGGGUAGGGUGGCAGAUGGCUGCUUGAGCCGAUGUGAGACGACACACACCCCUCUGGCAUCCCAGCUCCCUACUCCCUGAGCUUGGGCCGGUGUUACCAACAGAAGCAGUCAAAAUAUUGCAGGGAGGGGGGGGCAUUAGGAAAGCAUUACAAUAGACACUGCUGAUAAUUCUUUUGUUUUUGUCGUACAGGGGAAUGUCUCUUCUCCUAUGUUAAGCCGUGCACGUCCAUGCUUUGUUAACCACACCAUUGAUAUUAUUUUUUUAAUCAUUUAGUGUUUCUAUUGUUUUUUGUUUCAUUUUGAAGUCUUGUUAUUAUGGUAAAAACUAUGUAUGUAGGUAUGAGUAUGAGGUAUUAGUGGUUAGGCCUUAUUGCACAGGUUUGAUUUGUUUUGCACUGUUAUGAGGCGAUUUGCUUUAAAAUGUAUUUUUAAAAAAAAACAAACAUUUGAUUUGUAAUCAGUGCUUGUGGAUUAAUAUUUAAAAUCUCAAUAGUGAGAGAAGUGGGUUGAGUGUAGUUAGAGAUUUUAGGAUGUUUUAAUGGACCGGUGGCCUUGUCAAAUACCCAUUUUUAUAGGAGCGCUCUUGUUUCGGGGCCUGCUGGGCCUGAGGUAGCAGAGGUCACGCUGAGGACUGAACAGCUGGACUUAUUCACAUCAUUAUGUCGCUGAAGAAAAAACACAUUUGAAGAGGAAAACAGUGAUGUGACAACAGCAACAACUAAAAAAAAAAAAAAAAAAAAAAAAAAAAAAGCAUGGCACACAGAGAAAAAGGAGUGAAAUGCUUCUUUAAAAUGUUCUCAAGCCAUUCUUUGCAGUGGACAUCUUGCAAGUGUUUAAUAUCGACUGUAUUUGAUCUUGCUUUGUUUUUGAGGAAAAAAAAAAGACAACUAUUAACCUGUGUAUUUGAAGAUGACAAUGAUGAAAAGAGGAAAUCUUAUUGUAUGACCUCAUUAGCUAGUCAUGUGACCCUUAUUCCAGCUAACGUAUGAACUAUGAUAUUGACGUACCAAGCCAAUUACGUACCAUUUGUAAAUGGGCUCUAUAUAUAAUCUCCAUACAGUAUAUUUACAAGUAUUUAAAAACACUGAAAUAGAGGGGGGUAGUGCAACAGGCAUGUUAAUGCACAGGAAAACUGGAUGUGUGGCUUGAAGUUGGCCUUCCCAUGCAUUUCUAUCAGGAACUAGCUUAUUGUUUGGGAGUAGUCACACACACACACACACACACACACGCUUAGUUUCCCACUGAAUCUCUGUGGGCAGUUUUAAGUGUUUUUAUAUUAUUUUCUCUGUCUUGCAUCAAGAAUUAAGAUCCUGUGUGGUAGAAACACACCCCAGAAGAUUAGUUUGAUGAGAAGUGUGAUUUAAAGCUCACAAAAGUUUUUUGGGGGGUGGGCAGCCUAAUCAUCUGUAAGUGUGUGUCUGCUUAAUUGUUUGUUUUAUUGUUUUGUCUUUUGUCUGUAUUUUAUUUCUAGGUUUCUAUUUAAAUUAUAUUCAGCUCAUUUAUAUAUAUUUUUUCUCGUCUGGUGGGGCUGACAUCUACAACAAUUGUGAUACCUAGCUUGCUGACAAGUGUGUAAGUGUGGUAUUACCAUGUUUUAGUUUAAGAUGAGAAUAAUCAAAACCCAUCGGUGAGGUUUCCAUUAUGCAAAGAGCGACUCACUCUCACAGCAGAUGGGGGCAGGUGGGGAUUGCCCCCCUCGUCUGUGGCACUGGAGCCUCUCCACCCCGCGUGCCCUUAGACCCCUCUGCUCGGGUCACAUGACUCACUCGACGAUUGAAUGAGACGCACCUUCAUUUGCAUAUUCUCAAAUAUUAAGAAAAAAACAAAAAAAACAGGCGAGCUCUAAAUUGGCAGUAGUCAUCUGUGAGCUCUUGUUUGUUUUGUUUUUCUAAGUAACUGAAAAAUAAACUAACGGGAAAAAAAAAAAAAAAAAAAGAUGUGACGGAACAAACUGUGGUGAUUUUUUCUGUCUGCUCACUUUACAGUGCAGUCACAUGGAAGUCAGCGUGGACAUUCAGACAUCAAAAAAGAAACACAAUGGCACACGCACGGCUUCCUCUGCCGUUACCAGACAGACUGCGUAACUAAUCUUGGCACCACAGUAGGUCAUUAUACUAACAAUUCAUACAUCUGCACACUGGAACUCCUCAUCUGCAUGUCUUCGCCUUUACAUUGACACACAUUAAACAAACCACACUUGGGAAUUUGAACAACUGUGUGUUUGUGUGUUGCAGCGCGUCCUUGGCCGGUGAUUUGCCUGUAGUUAGCCCGGCCACAUACUCUCAGUGUUGGGGUUGCAUCCCCACUGAGGACCCCGUCACCACAACCUAUGGGACGUCCUUCAGCACUCGUCAACAUAAUGUGCCAGAACAUUUAAAUGCAUUAGGCAGCAUGAAACACACUCUGAAUUUGCCAUCAACACCAUGAGAAGCUCUGUUUUCUUAUUCUCUUUUGUGUCCUUCACAAAGAUGCCUUCAUGACGAUGGUUUCCUUUCAACACGUGCAAGCUCAUCUUUUUAACACAAUACACACAGGGACAAUAGAGAAGAUAUUAUGCCGUAAUAGACCACCUCAUGCAGCAUAAGCAGGAUAAAGAAAGAAAAAGAGUAAUUCAGCUGGUGAAGUAGAAAAAGAGAUUUGGGGGGGGGGGGGGCAGACAAAGGCAAAGUAAAUAAAUGUAAGAGGAUAUGAAGUGAGGAAACGUAUAGAUGUAUAUAUAGAAAUGACUGAAUCUCAGGACAGUAUGGGGGAGCCUAUUGGGGAAUAAAUGCAAACGCUGGAAGGAAGAGAGCCCUGGCUGACAAUUAGAAUCAUGGUUAAUUCGGCUCUGUGCAGCAAAACAGCCAGUUGAACAGGCAUGUUAGCCCUGAGGGAUGAUGUCUUCCUGGCUAGCUUUGCUGUUGAAAGUUAAACUUGUGAGAUACAGUAGCUGUUGCUCCAAUAUAGAAUCAGAUCACCUUACAACAAGAUAGAGUUAUUUGUCUGAAAGCAAAGUGACACAAUUGGGGGCAAAUUAAGAGGCUAGAUGGAUUUAUGCAGGCUUUUUCAAAUCAAAACCGUUUAAAGUUUAAUGAUGUGGACUAGAGCUGAAACUAUUAUUUAAUCAAUUAGUCAAUUAAAAAGAGUCGAUAUUGAGAAUAGUGCCAAGCUAAAAUAUAUCUUCACAGCUAUCACCGUCUAAAAUGUCAGAAUUUGUUGUUUUUCUUUGUUACAUGUGACAGUAAAUUAAUAUCUUUGGACUGUAGAGUUGCAAAGUGGGAGGAGCUGCUAAAUUAUCCUUUAAACAAUAUCAUUAAUGUUAAUACAGAAACUCUGUACUGGCCACCAGUUUAAAUUAUUUCAAAUUUGUUUGAGAAGUCAGGUUAUGAUUUCAUUUUAGCGUCUAAAUACUACAAUACCCAUGAUCCUCGCCUGUCGUUGCUAUGGAGAAGAAGACAGUCGGAGGCGCAAAUUCAAAACGUUUUGUUGUUGAGCUGCAGAUUUUAUUAUCUGUUUUGUUGUCAGAAGCGCACAUAACAGUAUUUCACAAUCUGUGAUUGGAUGUUUCUUGCCAAAAUGCAUCUUGGGAGUUUCUUAAACCUAAAUAUCCCUUCAAUUAAGAAAAUAAUUGGCGGAUUAAUCUGUAAUGAAGUAAACGUUAGUUGUAAUCCUAAUGUGAACUACAGGAGUAAAUGUAACUAUGCAUGCUUCAUGAAGUGAUAUCAUGACUUGAGCUGUGCCUGCUUUCUCUGCUGACAUUGAUGGAUGAAUGGAUAUGUGCGCGCAGGGUGACUCACACCAGUACCGUCCCAUUGUUUGAGCCAGACAAAAGCAGGCUGCAUCUCAGAUGGCCCUGAUGACGAACGAAAGACGAGGAGGGAGGACACUCACAUUAAGAUAACUGUUUACACACUCACACACACUUAAACAACGCAAGCGCCUGCAGAUCCUGUGUUCGAGUAUCUCCUUGUAGAGAUUUCUUGUAUCGUCAGUUGUCUGAUGGCUCACACAUUGUGUUCUUUAGACCUUUAUUUUUUUGUGUGUGCCCACCCGUCUGCACAGUGUGCGUCCUUCUGUGUUUGAUCAGCAUCACAGACAAGCUAGAGGAGAGUACUGCAGAAUCUAUUCUUUUUGGUCCGAGGGGUACAGAGGCCAGAUAUUGUGUAAAACAAAGUGGAGUUAAAACACAUAGAAGCAUCCCCAGAUGUUUUCCUACAGUACGCUUUGCUGUGGGAGAAAUCAAUAACUGUGGGCUACGAAGUGGUUUUAGCUGGCUCUCUUGACCUUUCCAUUUCAGCGGCAGCGCUGUAGUUUAUUCCACUGCCCAAAAAACUGAUUCUAUCUCAACUAUAUUUGGAUUCAGACAUUUGAGUUGACUAUCAUGUACUGAUUCUGGGGUCUAAUGUGCAUCUCUGGACUACUUAUCAAUAGCACCUUUAGUACUACUAUUUCUUUAUGGCUGCUUCCAAAUUAACUCUGUGUCAUUUCUAACUAUAUACCUGUAUAUAACUGUAUGUGGUGUGUAUUGCCUCCACCCUCGAACAAUAAAGCAAAAAAACAAGAA